CGUACUCCUCCUCUCAAUUACGUACAGUAUUAUUUAAGCAGUAUAGUCUUAUACGAAAAGAAUUAAUCCACCGGGUUUCAUGUUUCAUUGUUUCUGCAUAUUAUUAUACUAGCCACGUGUAUCAUCAUCUCUCUGUUUCAUGCUCUUGCUUAACUGUGUGAAAUAGUUCAAAAAAAUUCAUACAUAAAUACACCCUUCCAAAUCGACAAAAACAAAUUCCGAUUCUAUUCUUUUGUUUAGUUCAAUUCUUACCAUCAACAACAGCUCAAACUUACCUCCAUAUUUAGCAAGAAUUGUAAGUAUGAAGAUCAGUUCAUUUGCGAUUCCGGAAUCGGAAUCGGAACCGGAAAAGUAUUCCCAUAGAAUUUGGGGUUCGGAUGUUGUAGUGAAGAACCCGAAGAAUGUGUUAUCGGAAUGGAAAUGGGAUUCCUUAUCAAUUGAGACAUUAAGUGCAGUUGUGGUGAUUCAUGGGUUGGCUCUUUUUGCUCCGUUUAGCUUUAAUUGGGGUGCAUUUUGGGUGGCGGUGGUUUUGUGUUUCGUGACGGCGUUGUUUGGUGUUUGUCUUUCGUAUCACCGGAAUUUGACGCACAGGAGUUUUAAGCUACCUAAAUGGCUCGAGUAUUUCUUUGCUUAUUGCGGGGCUUUAGCACUCCAGGGGAGUCCAAUUGAUUGGGUGAGCACACACAGGUUCCACCAUCAAUUUUGCGAUACAGAGCAAGACCCACAUAGUCCUCUUGAUGGAUUUUGGUUUAGCCACAUGAAUUGGUUAUUUGAUGCCAAAGUUGUUAUCGAAAGGUGUGGCGAGCCAAACAAUGUAGGAGACUUGGAAAAUCAAGCAUUCUACAGAUUUAUGAAAAGCACAUACAUUUUACACUCACUUAUUCUUGGAGGAUUACUUUAUGCAUUUGGAGGAUUUCCCUACUUCGUCUGGGGAAUGGGAGUAAGGACGGCAUGGGUAUACCACAUAACAUGGUUCGUGAACUCUGCUUGUCACAUAUGGGGAUCUCAAGCUUGGAAUACCGGUGACUUAUCAAAAAACAAUUGGUGGGUAGCAUUGCUUACAUUUGGAGAAGGUUGGCACAACAAUCAUCAUGCUUUUAAAUACUCGGCUCGACAUGGCUUCGAAUGGUGGCAAGUUGAUAUGACUUGGUAUACUAUUAGGGUUCUUCAACUUGUUGGUUUGGUCAAGGAUGUUAAGCUUCCUUCUGAGGCUCACAAACAACGUUUGGCAUUUAAAAAGCGAUGAAAUAUCCACUUGAGUGCGCCUUGAGGCAGGAUGCAAUAAUUAGCAAUCAUGUUUACAGUUCUAAUUACACAUUGUAAACGUGAUAAAUAAUUAUGGACGGUGUGGGAGAAUGAUGUAAAUAAAUCUAUGAUCUAGCAAUGUGUUCUUGCUAUUUAGAACUAUAUAUAUAUAUAUAUAUAUAUAUAUAUACAU